AUGGCUCUCUCACGUGCCAUGCUCGUGCUCUCCCUCUCGUGUGCUCUCCUAGCAUUGUCCAAGGCUCAACAAGCACCAACCUCGCCUCCAAACUCCUCCCCCACCACUCCUUCACCCACUAGAUCCCCGGCACCACCACCGACUACGACUGCAACACCGCCGCCUUCCACCGCCAUGCCUCCGACAAGCCCCGCAACUCCUCCCACUGCCAAAGCCACCCCUCCGACCACCGCCACCCCUCCAACCACCGCCGCCCCUCCGACCACCGCCACCCCUCCAACCACCGCCGCCCCUCCGACCACCGCCACCCCUCCAACCACCGCCACCCCUCCAACCACAGCCACCCCGCCGACAACAGCCUCUCCACCGACCUUGCCUGGCCCUUCUCAGGCUCCUACUACUCCUUCUCCGAUGUCGUCGCCAUCGCCGGGGGUGUCAUCUCCUCCUUCAUCCAGUCCUCCUCCGAGCCCCACAAUGCCAGAGACUCCAGCUCCUGGACCUUCCGGUCCCACUGCUGGACAACCUGCACCGGCGAGCGCAGUCCCACCCAGCGGAGCAUUUGGUCAGGGAAGUAGCAUGGCUUUGGUGGCCUUUUUGGCAGGAGUUGCACUCGUUUUCUAA